AUGGGUCGUCGAAUCGUCUCUGGCGGCUGUCACCCGGCGGAGUGGAAAAACGGCGACUUUGCGGCUCUUCGGUGGCUGUCACCCGACGGAGAGGAGCUGGAUAGAGGUGGGGUGCGUGUCAGGGAGCUUCAUCCUCAGGUCCGCGCAGCAAGAGAAGGCUCUUCAUCGUAUCUGGUACGCUCUCAGGAGGUGGCGACUCGUCUCCCCGCGGAUCGUCCUCUUCCCGACGAUGGCUUGUUCGUCGAUCAAUCGGAGAUGAUUUACUCGAUGGAUUCACAAUCCUUUUAUCGCGAAUCGUUCAGCAAUUUUAGUAACAAUGCUCCGCGAAUCGCGUUGACGAGAUUUUCGCCGAUGAUCCAAUGAUCUGGUUCCUUAAUCCUUCACUGACGAUCUGUAGGAAAGUCGCGAUAAUCAGAUAAAAAAAUAUGAGUUUUGGCUCUAGGAGGAUUCGAACCCGUGCCGGUUGCCCGCCAUUUCUGGGGAAGGUGAUGCGGGUUUAGUCCCACAUCGGUUGUGCGCCGAAGUUUCUUGCGAAUAUAAAGUAAUAUUACAUUCCCAAUUAAGCGCGCGUGUACGACCACUCCAUGCCCCACAGUCAGCUGGCCACUAGUGACGUGGAAGGGGAGUGGCGCACACGUGCCCCCAUCGGUUCAAGCCACUCGAGCCCCUGCUCGCGGCUACUCCCCGACUGCGCUUCCGACCCGCUUCCGACCCGCUUGCGGGCCCGGCUGGCCGGCGGGUCCCCCCAUUUUGUAAUAUUUUUAGUUUUAUUUCUUUUUCUUCAUUUAUCUCAAAAGUAAGACUGUAAAAAUCAUAUAAAUUUGUAUAAAAUCACAUAAUUACCCAAAAAAUCACAUUAAUCAACUGAAAACCACUUAAACACUUAAACACAAAUAUAAGUCUAUUUAUCACGAGUUAAGGCUAAAACUAUAUUAUUUACUAAUUAUUAACUCAUGAUAAUGAAGACUUAUCAAUAAUCAAUAAUUAACUUUGUCCCUAAGUGUAUGAGGAAAUAAUUUCAUCUUAAUAAUUUUCGGUGUAACUUGAAAGAGAUUAACUAAAUCAUAGAUCAUAUAAUUUUUUUUAAAAUGAUGAUGAGAUUCCUCUAAAAGUAAUCUAUAAAAAUUAGGGAGCAUUUAGAAAAUUCUUAGAUUUAUUUUAAAUUUAAUAGUGGGUGCUAAUGGGACUCUAAUAUUGGAUGCUCUUUGAAAUGAAUUAGGGAUAUAAUGAUUUUUUAUGGCCAUCAAAUUGUUCUCAGUUUGACUUGUACUUCCUUCAAGAUCCAUCAAAAUUAAUUUUUCUUUUAGAUUUUUAAUUUUGAAUGAAAUAGUGAAAUUUUUUUCUAACCUUGGAUGCAAGGAUCUUCCACCAUGAUAAAAAUCAAUAAAUUCGAGAAUUUUUUUAAUAAUUAUUACCCUCCUUUAGUAUACUCUAGUCCUUGCCUUGUUGCUCUUCGUUUUUUUUACUACAAGAAGAAAAUAAAAACAAGAGUUAAUUUUUUUGUGUAUACUCUAAGAGAGAAAUAGAAAAAUAUUAAAUAUUAUGUAAUACAUCCCCAGCAAUGACGUCCAAAUUUGACAUAACUUAGUCGUUGUAUAGUAAAUCAUUAAAAUUUAAAAUUUAUAAAACUAGAAAAUACUAAUUUCUAAAUAUUUAGAACUAUUUCUGAAAAAAAAUAUAUCAAUUAUAAUUCAAUAAAGUUUCAAAAAUAGUGAGAAUUUUCUAGGUCGAUCACAAGAUGUAAUAUAAUAUUGGGUAAUUUUUUAUUUUUUUUCAAAGAAUAAGAUUUUUUUAUGAAUUUUAGAUUAAAAAAUAAAAAUGAAAUAUAUUUAAAAUUCAUGAAAAAGAAAAAUAAGGGUGUAGAUGUCAAGAUGACAUCAACAUUCAAUGAAUGCAAAUCGGAUGGAAAUAGAGUUCCACCCAAUGAUUCUUACGUAAUUGAUUACCGACAAUUUAAUUGAUCAAAUUAAGAUAUAUAAAAGUUGGAAGAAUCAUAAUUUAAUGAAGAAUAGUAUGAUAGAUUUAAAUUUGACAAAUUAUUACUAAAUGAAGUGAAAAUUAAGUUGAAAGUAGGAAAAUAGAGUUCACUGUCGUGACGGUGAUGCGUUGUCGAUGCACUAGAAUUAUGAGCGUUUGUAAGGAUCAUUGUGCAGUGUCUAUGGCUUUGAAGACUCUCUUUAGACAAGAACGAUGUGGGCAAUCUCUAGAUCUUUUUGCGAAGUCUAGAGAUCAAUGAAAUGGGUCGUCAAAUCGUCUCCAGCGACUGUCACCUAAUCGAGCAGAAAAAUGGUGACUUUGUGGCUCUCUGGUGGCUGUCACCUGAUGGAGAAGAACUAGACGAAGGUGGGGCGUGUGUUAGGGAGCUUCAUCCUCAGGUCUACAUAGUAAGAGGAGGCUCUUCAUCACAUCUGGUAUGCUCUCAGGAGGUAGUGACUCGUCUCUUGAUAGAUUAUCCUCUUCUCGAUGAUGACUUGCUCAAUUGAAAAUAUUUUACUCGAUGGAUUUACAAUCCUUUUAUCGUGAAUCGUUUAGUAAUUUUAGUAACAAUACUUCACGAAUCACGUCGAUGAGAUUUUCAUCAAUGAUCGAACGAUUCUGAUAGCUUAUAUCUUCACUAGUGAUCUAUAAGAAAGUCACGAUUUAAUCAAAUAAAAAUACAAGUUUUGGCUCUGGUAAGAUUCGAACCUGCACUAGUCACCCACCUGUAUGAGAGAGAUUGAAAUAAGUCAUCUAAUACCUUUAUAAGCUGAUGUCAUUAUGGUAUAUCUUUGUUAUAAAUAAGGGAUAUUUUAAGUAUUAAAAUAAACAAAAUCAUUCUGGGGAAGGUGUAAUGUGAGUUUAGUCCAACAAAAGUUGUACGUUGAAGUUUUGGAUGAAUAUAUAGUGAUAUCAGAUUUAGAAGCAAUGAGUCCCUUUCUCACGUGUACGACCACUCCUUACCUCACAGCGAGCUGACCACCGGUGACGUGAAAGGAGAGUGGUGUACAUAUGCCCCCAUCGGUUCAUAGUCACUCGAUCCCCUACUCACGGCUCCCCUUGACUACGCUUUUGACCUGCUUGCAAGCAUGGCUGAUUGGCGGGUCCCCCCCUUUUUCUAUAUUUUUAUUUUAAUUUAUUUUUGUUUAUUUAUCUAAAAAAUAAGACUAUAAAAAUCAUACAAAUUCAUAUAAAAUCACAUAAUUAGUCAACAAUUUACAUUAAUCAAUUAAAAAUUACUUUUCACAAUUUAACACAAAGAUAAGUCUAUUUAUCAUGAGUUCAGACUAAAAUUAUAUUAUUUAUUAAUUAUUAACUCAUGAUAAUGAAGACUUAUCACACCCCCAACUUAAAUCAUUGCUAGUACUUUAGCAAUAGAAUUACAAGAAUAAAAAUUCAAAAAAAUUUAAAACAUCAUAUUUUAAUACAUAAAAAAUAUAAUUAGAAAUGAUGCACCUUUAGACAUUUUGGAUUCUUAUAUCAAAUAUUUAAGAAUGAUGUCAAUCACAAGCGGUAAUUUUCCAGGUCGAUCACAGGGAUGUAAUAUAAUAUCUGGUAAUUAUUCAUAAUUUUUCUCAAUGAAUAAGAUUUUCUAUGAAUUUUAUACUAGGAAAUGAAAAGGAAAUAUAUUUAAAAGGGAAAUAAGGGUGCGGGCGUCAGGAUGACGUCAGCGCCCGGCAAACGCGAAUCAGGCAGAAAUAGAGUUCCGCCCGGCGAUUCUUAUGUAAGCGAUUAUAGACGAUUUAAUUGAUCAAAUUAAGAUAUGUAAAAGACGGAAGAAUCGUAAUGAAAUGAAGUAUAUGUUGGUAAAUUUAAAAUCAACAAAUUAUCACUAAAUGAAAUGGAAAUUAAGUUGAAAGUAGGAAAAUAGAGUUCCGACGUCGCGACGGCGAUGUGUCAACGAUGCACUGGAAUCCUAAGUGUUCGGGAGGAUCGUCGUGUAGUGUCCACGGCCUCGAAGGCUCUCCUUAGACAAAGAUGACGUGGACAAUCUCUAGAUCUCCUUGCGAAGUCUAGAGAUUAAUGAAAUAGGUUGUCGAGUCGUCUCUGGCGGCUGUCACUCGGCGGAGCAGAAAAACGGCAACUUUGCGGCUCUCCGGCGGCUGUCACUCGACGGAGAGGAGCUGGAUGGAGGUGGGGCGCGUGUCAGGGAGCUUCAUCCUCAGGUCCGCGCAACAAGAGGAGGCUCUUCAUCGCAUCUGGUACGCUCUCAGGAGGUGGCGACUCGUCUCUCGGCGGAUCGUCCUCUUCCCGACGACGGCUAAUUUUGACGCCGUUGCCGGGGAUGUAUUGCAUAAUAUUUAGUAUUUUUUUGUUUUUCUCUUAGAGUACACAAAAAAUUUAACUCUUGUUUUAUUUUCUUUUUGCCGAUUUUUUUUUUAAGAAAAAGGGAACGAAAAGAAGCAAAGCAAGGACUGGAACAUACUGAAGGAGGGUAACAAUUACUAAACUUUUCCCUUGAAUUUAUUGAUUUUUUUUAUGCAUGGUAGAAGAUCCUUGCAUCCAAGGCUAGAAAAUCCUUUCAUUAUUUCAUUCAAGACUAAAAAUCUGAAAGAAAAAUUAAUUUUGAUGGAUCCUGAAGGAAGUACAGGUCAAACUAAGAACAAUCCUAUGGCCAUGAAAAAUCAUUAUAUCCCUGAUUCAUUUCAAAGAGCAUCAAAUAUUAGAGUCCCAUUAGCACCCACUAUUAAAUUCGAAAUAAAUCUAGGAAUUUUUCUAAUGCUCCCUAAUUUUUAUGGAUUGCUUUUAGAGGAGCCUCAUCAGCACUUAGAAAAAUUUCAUAUGGUCUGUGAUUUAGUUAAUCUCCCUCAAGUUACAUUGGAAAUUAUUAAGAUGAAAUUAUUUCCUCAUACACUUAGGGACAAAGCUAGCCAUUGGCUAUCCACAUUAGAUAGAGAAUUAACUAGCUGGAAAGACAUAGAACAGGCCUUUCUUCGAAAAUUUUAUCCCUUAAGAAAAACUCAAAAUAUGAGAAAACAUAUAUGGAGUUUUUCUCAAAGAUCAGGAGAAACUUUACAUGAGACAUGGGAAACAUUUAAAGAUUUACUUAGAAAGUGUCCUCAUCAUGCUAUACCCAAGUGGCAGCUCAAUAGAAUUUUUUAUGAUGGAUUAUUAGAACAACAUAGAAAUAUGGUUGAUUCUAUAUGUGGAGGAGCUUUUAUGGAGAAAACCCUUGAUGAGAUUUACAGUCUUUAUAAGAAUUUAAGUGAAAAUUUUAGAGAUCAAGCCUCUUUUGAAUUAUAUGACAAAGAUAAGAAGAGAGGAAUUUAUGAAUUGCAUCAUGAUGAUGAUUCUAAAUUUAGAAAUGAGGUUAAUCAGAUUAAUCAAAGAUUAGAAAAACUUGAUUUACUUAUUGACAAUAUUAGAAAGCCUCUUAACCCUCAAUUUAAUUCAAAUAGUACAUGUCCUAUGUAUGGUGAAAAUGAUAAUUUCGAAUUUCAAUAUCAUCCUAGGCAAGAACAAGUGCUAGUACCCCACGAUUUUAGUAAAAAUAGGGAAUAUUUUUCUAAUUAAACUUAUAAUCCUAAUUGGGGGAAUAAUUUUUCGUGGAGAAACCCAAAUAAUAUUCAAAAUACAGAAGCACUUAGAUCCAAUUCAAACUCUGAAUUUCAUCCAAAAUAAGAAAAUAGAUUUCAGAAAAAUCAGCCCUCUCAAACCCAACAUGAUACUAUAGAAAUGAUGCAGCAAAUGAGCCAAAUGAUGCAACAAACAAUGAGCCAAAUGAUGUAACAAACUAUGAAUCAAAUGAUGUUGCACCAGAAACAAAUUAUAGAGGCUCUUGUGAAUAAGAGAGAAGAGGGACAGCCACUUAGUCAGCCCAUAGAAAAUUCAGAAAACUAUUCAACAGUAGGAUUUCAACAAAGAGAGUCUAGUUGGAUAAAUUUAGAAAAGAACCCACAAAAUGAAAAUGUUAGGACAGUGAAUACAUUGAUUGAGAAUAUUUUACCUGAUCCUUAUUUCCAAUUAUUAAAAGAAAUUGAUGAGCCAUUAGAAGUAAAUGAGAAUAUUAAGGCUGAAAAUAUAGUAGCAGAAAAUUUGAAUAAAAUCAUUUAUUGCUCACAAUUGAUGAAUGAAUAUAGUGAGGAUGAUGAGGAGAAAGAGCCCUUAGAUGAAGAAACAGCAGUUGAUCAUGGAAAAAUCAUUCAAAUUUUAGUAGAAGGGAGUAAGGACACAAAUGAAAAAAAACAUAUUUUAGGUGAGGAAAAAUCAAUUGAUUUGGGAGAUGUAGGAGACAAAAUUAAUAAAUCUAAUCAUAAUUUUUCAGCCAUGGAUGUUGAUGAUGAUGUAUAUCAUAUACCGAAAUUAAAAGAUAGCUCUUGGGAAGAUGAAGAAUUUGAUGAGUUGAGAAACGAAAAGCUAGAAAAAGAGUUGAUUCAACUAAUGGGGAGAAACGAAAAUAAUGAAUAUGAAUAUAGAGAUAAUUUUGGAGGAGAAAAUUUGAAUUUUACUGAAUUCAUUAGAUCUAAGAUUAAAGAAGACAAUCCUUCCAUCCUUCAAAACCCACAGCCCAUUAGAAUUAUUUCUAAGCUUGAAAUAUUUCACUCCUUGCAAAUUAAACAAAUAUGUAUGGAAGAUAAAAUAGAGCAGGGGAAGAUUAUGCAGAUAAAAGAACACAUUAAGAAAUGGGUGAGUGGAAGAAUUAGAGAUAUCAAUUUAGAUGAAAAAAUUCUAGAUUGGGUAAGAGCUAAUUUGAAAAUUAUAUGGCCUGAUCACAUUUUAUGGUCUAUUAAUAGAAAGUAUUUAUUAAUGAAUGAGAGCCUUACAAAACAAGAUAGAAAUGAGGAAAGAUUCUUUUCAAAAUGGAAAUAUUAUUUUUGGGAAGAUUUUGUUAAUUUCCAUUUUGUUUGGCUGAAAGUAUGUCAAGGUAUAUAUAUGAAGUAUAUGAAUUUAUGCUAAAUCUGAAAAAGAAUAUCAUGAAACUUACCUUGGGAUACAAAUAUAUUUUGAUGGCCAUAGAUCAUCUUAUAUGAUUUAAGAGCUGUCCAGCUGAAGACAUUAAAUGCAGCGCUGCAUGGGAGGCAACCCAUGGUUUUUAUUUCAUUCUGUUUGAUUUUUUUAAGCUCUGUUUUUCUUAGAAUUUCGCAGUACUUAUUUCUAUAUUUGUUUUUUUGAAAAAGUGCAGGAGGAGUGUAAGACGAAAUGGAAAAUUAAAAACGAGGUUGAGGUGAUGUCUUUCGGAGCUUUAUCAUUUUUGACAAUAUUUUUAAUGCUUAACUUUGCAUAUAUGCAUGCUUCACGUGAAAAUUAUAUUUUCUGCAUAUUCUGUUUCGAUUUUUCUGUGUCAUUGAGGACAAUGUCAUUUUUAAGUUGGAGGGUGAAGUAUUCAUUAUUAAUUUAUGCUAUAAGACGAUUAAGAACAUGUGUUUGCAUUUUAUUCAACUUAGAACAUCAACUAAAAAAAAUAAAAAUAAAAUAAAAUUCGGAAAAACUACAACAUCUAUUUUCUGGUUUUCUAUCAGGAACAACAGAUUGUCAAAAACAGCAGACGAAAAAACAACCUGAAAUUUGAAAUUAUAGAGACCCUUUUCUCACAUUUCAAUCCCCUAGACACAUAUUACUGAAAUUCGAAAUUACAGCUAUAAAGAAGAUAGUUUUGAUUUAUUUUUUGACAAAUUUAUUGCUGCUAAAAUAGAAUUGAAAAUAGAAAUCAGAACUGUAAGAACUAUCUAAUUUACAAAUUUCUUACAUCAUAUUGCAUGCAUGAAAAAUUAAAUCAAUUAGAUUGAUUGAUACCAAAAGAUACUAGGAAAAUUAUUAUUGAGUCAAAAGAAUGAUCUAGUAGCAUGAAAUGUUGGAAUACUCCUUGGAUACAUGAUAGAUAACAUGGAUUUGAUUUUACAGAUUUUCACUUCAUGAUCUUGAUGGAUAAUAUUUACUUGAUGUGAAAAUUUGAUUGAUCAUUUGAGUUUAAUGGAGAUUUUUGCACUUUGAUCUAUAAGACUUGUGAGGAGAAAUCACUUAUUUCGAAAAAAAAAGAAGAGAGCAAUGUGAAAAAUCUAGAAACAAAGAGUACACAUAGAGGGUGUGAGACAUCAUUCUCAUUGUCGAAAAUCGUGUAUAGAAAAAUACUUGUUGCAAAAUAAUUGGAUAAAGUGAAAGCCUUGAAAAUGAAGAGUAUACAUGGAGGGUGUGAGACAUCAUUCUUAUUGUCGAAAUUUGUCUAUAAGAAAAGCUACUUAUCCACUAUAUAUAAAGAAAGAAGAAAUAUAGUGCAAACUUCAAAAAUCAAGCCAUAGAAAAAGGGAAAUGUAGGAUCAAUAUUAUUCUUGGAUGAGUAUUGAUAAUUUGAACAUCUUGUAAAUACAUCCAUGAGUGAAGAAGUGAUAAAGAUGUGAAUAGAAGAAGUGAAGUCUAGAUUGUUAUUCUAAGGAGUGUUUAAACAUUUAAGUGCUUGACAUCAUUCUUAAAUACUUGAUAUAAGAAUCCAAAGUGUCUAAAGGUGCAUCAUUUCUAAUUGUAUUUUUUUUCUUUCUGCAUUGAAAUAUGAUGUUUGAGAUUUGUAAAUUUUUAUUUUCGUAAUUCCAUUGCUAAGGGACUAGCAAUGAUUUAAGUUGGGGGGUGACAAAAUUUGACGUGACUUAGUCGUUGUAUAUUAAAUCACGCAAAUAUAAAAUUUAUAAAACUAGAAAAUACAAAUUUUCGGAUAUUUAGAAGUAUUUCUGAACAAAUAUAUCAAUUAUAAUUCAAUAAAACUUCCAAAAAUAGCGAUAAUUUUCCAAGUUGAUCACAUGGAUGUAAUAUAAUAUCUGGUAAUUAUUCAGAAUUUUCCUCAGAGAAUACUAUUUUAUAUGAAUUUUAUACUAAGAAAUGAAAAGGAAAUAUAUUUAAAAUUCACGAAAAAAAGGAAAUAAGGGUGCGGGUGUCAGGAUGACGUCAGCGCCUGGCGAACGUGAAUCGAGCGAAAAUAGAGUUCUACCUGGCGAUUCUUACAUAAGCGAUUACAGAUGAUUUAAUUAAUCAAAUUAAGAUCUGUAAAAGCCGAAAGAAUCGUAAUAGAACAAAGUAUAUUUUGAUAAAUUAAAAUCACAAAAGUAUCACUAAAUGAAGCGUAAAGUAAGUUAAAAGCAGGAAAACAGAGUUCCGGCGUCGCGACGGCGAUGCGUCGGCGAUGCACCAGAAUUCUGAGUGUUUGGGAGGAUCGUCAUGUAGUGUCCACGGCCUCGAAGGCUCUCCUUGGACAAGGACGACGUGGGCAAUUUUUAGAUCUUCUCGCGAAGUCUAGAGAUUAAUGAAAUAGGUCGUCGAGUCGUCUCCAACUGCUGUCACCCGGCGGAGUAGAAAAACGGCGACUUUGCGGCUCUCCGGUGGCUGUCACCCGACGAAAAGGAGCUGGAUGGAGGUGGGGCGCGUGUCAGGGAGCUUCAUCCUUAGGUCCGUGCAGCAAGAAGAGGCUCUUCAUCGCAUCUGGUACGCUCUCAGGAGGUGGCGACUCAUCUCCCGGCGGAUCGCCCUCUUCCUGACGACGGCUUGUUCGUCGAUCAAUCAGAGAUGAUUUACUCGAUGGAUUUGCGAUCCUUUUAUCGCGAAUCGUUCAACAAUUUUAGUAGCAAUGCUCCGCGAAUCGCGUUGACGAGAUUUUUGCCGAUAAUCCAGCGAUUCUCGUUGCUUAAUCCUUCACCAGCAAUCUGCAGGAAAGUCGCGAUAAUCAGAUAAAAAUAUAUGAAUUUUGACUCUGGGAGGAUUUGAACCCGCGCCGGUUGUCUGCCCCUUCUGAGGAAGGUGUGACACGGGUUUAGUCCCACAUCGGUUGUGAGCCGAUUUUUCGGGCGAAUAUAUAGUAAUGUUAGCUUUCUAAGCAAACUUCCUUCUCUCGCAUGUACGACCACUCUUUGCCCCACAGCCGGCUGGCCACCGGUGACGUGGAAGGGGAGUGGCGCACACGUGCCCCUAUCGGUCCAAGCCGCUUGAGCCCCUACUCGCGGCUACUCCCCGACUGA